AUGUCGCGCCGAAAGCAGAAACGACCGCAGCAGCUCGUUAACGCGGAUCCGGGGGGCACGCGCCUGGCAUCGCAAGAUAAUCAGUUGGCUGUGAAGUCACCAUCAAAUUCUCUUGCUUCAGAACCUACCUCAUCUUCCUCAUCAUCUCCAUCUCCCUCUUCCCUCCAAGAUUGUCAACCUCCCCUUGCCCCAAGGCCAUCACCUGGUGGCCUACAUGCUCCUUCCCUUCCAAACGAAAGUUCCUCCCCUCCACACUGGCCCAGCCAUAUUGUCCCCUACACCACAUCUCUUCCAAAUACCCAUUCUUCUCUCUCCCCAGAUUUUCCACACCCUUCCCUGUCUUCCCAGACUCACUCCCCUCCUCCUGUCCAGCAGAAGGUUUCCCAAAAUCCUGUACAUCAGCCUCAUUCCACCAUAUCCUCUCCUCAGAUGGGUAUCUCUGCCACAACCACCAGCUCAUCCUCCACAUCCUCAUCAUCUCUCCAUGCUAUUUCACAUCCAAGGAGCCCUAAUUCCACACAGCAAACCCCUUCUAGUAUACCAGAGGAGGUUCAUGUGCCACCUACCCUGGCUGUGCUUUUAGAAGAACUUAGGGUCUUGCAACAGAGGCAAAUACACCAAAUGCAGAUGACUGAGGAAAUUUGCAGACAAGUGCUACGUUUGGGUGGAGUAAUCGCCAACCAGGAUACAGCAUCUCUGGAAAACCCUCAAAGAACCUCUGAAUCUCUCUCAUCUUCUCUAUCCACUUCAGGUCCCUCCCAAGCUACAGCCUCUUCCAUACCCUCCUCUCUUCCAACACUAAUCCAAGAAUCUGUUUCAAACGUGAACACCUGUAAUACUAAUGUGCACAAAGAUUCAUAUUCCUCUUCAUCAUCCACACCAUCUUCUUCUGCCUCACCUCUGGUGUCCUCAGGAGCUUCUGUGCUACCUCUUUCAUUAUCUUUGGGUAUUCCCCGUUACCUCCAUGAAAAGUCCCCUAACACAUCAUUGAGCCAGACCAGUGCUGUUAGUUACCAAACUCCUUCUCUGCUCACGUCCAGCACCCAGGAGCAACUGUCACUCAGCUCUGCUGUGGGAACGUCAGCUGGGUCAUUGAGCACCUCAACAGGGCGCCAGCAGCAUGUCUGUCGAUUUUGUGGUAAAAUUCUGAGCAGUGACUCAUCCUUACAGAUUCAUCUGAGAUCCCAUACAGGUGAAAGGCCAUACCAGUGUCCUGUCUGUCUCAGUCGCUUCACUACACGUGGGAAUCUUAAGGCCCACUUUCUGCGCCACCGUGAGCAGAACCCGGAGCUGUCACUUUCCCUACUUCCACCUGCUCUGUCAGAGCAGAACCAGUCGGGAUCUGGGCUUGUGGCAGUACAGAGACGCAGGAAGCGCCGUGCAGAAGAUGAAGAGCCUUUUAUGGUUAAAGGUAGUGUGAGUGUUCCAGAUGGCUUAGCUCUAGGUUUUUUGUCUGGUUCAUCUUCUCGCCUGUCUUCUUCCUCUUUGCCACUCCCUCCCAGUGUAGAUUUGGCUCUCUUGUCCACUGCCCAUUCCCUGCUACAGCUCAAUCGUGCAUCUGCUUCAACAGUGGCAUCUGCUUCAGCUAGUAUACAACCUUCCUCUGCAUCUACCACCCCCUCUUCAUCUUCCUCUGCUAUAACAAACCAGUUUAAAGGUGCUAAACAACAGAGGUUUGAUGAAAAUACCCCUCCACAUUCCACCAUACAUCCCACUUCUCCAUACUCCCAGCUGGCCCACCUCCCCAAGAUCCUGUUCCCCUCGGGUCCCUCUCCCCAUCACCCUGGCCUGGCCCUCCUCCGGCCUCCUCACCUUCCCUCCCCUCACCCCCAGCUCACUUUUCCUUUUUCCCCUUACCCCAAACCCCAAUCCUCAUCAUCCUCUUCCUCCUCCCCAUCUUCUUCAACUGCUACUUCUGACACCUGUAAGCUCCAGAGACUGGCACAGAAACUGGAGAAGCAGCCUCCAUCAAAACCCUUCACUGAAGAUCAGACUAAUGUCAGUAAUCAAGCUAAUGAUGUUCCCACAACCACUAACACUAUUUCAGAGUACAGGAGGGAGAUGAUGACAGCCUUGGGUCUAAAUCCUAAUCCCAGCAGUGAUCUGAGUACCCAGAGUAUCUCUGGAUCAAUUCCCUCCCUACCAUCUCUGGUGCCUAACCAAUGUGGAGUUUGUCUGCGCAUACUUAGUUGCCCCAGGGCACUUCGUCUUCAUCAGGCCACUCACCUUGGUGAGCGUCCUUUCCCCUGCAAGCUUUGUGGUCGCUCUUUCUCCACUAAAGGAAGUCUAAGGGCUCAUCUGGCCACCCACAGAGCACGUCCACCAAAUACACGCACACAGAAUUCCUGCCCACUCUGCCAGCGAAAAUUUACCAAUGCUGUGGUCCUACAGCAUCACAUUCGGAUGCAUUUGGGGGGGCAAUUGCCACCGGAGGGCAAUGGAGAUCUUGGAACAGAGGAACAAGCUGAUCAAGUGGGCAGUGUUAUACUGCCAAAGACCAUUCAAUCUCUUCCUCUUAAUAUGAGUAUGAGUGUUUCUUCUUCUAUUGCUAGCACACUUCAGUCAAGCACUGUUUCAAGAACUAGCACAUCACCUGAUGCAAAACAAGCAAAAGAUUCCAAUAAAGAUGCAUGUGAUGCACCUGUUAGUCAAGCAAGUCUGAUUACUGAUCAAGUCUUAGAGAAGCAAGACCCCACUAGCCCAUUUACCAGUGAUAGCACAUCUGCCAACUCCUCUCCUUUAGAAGAUCCUGACAAUGAUACUAACCCAUGCAGUGUUAGUGAUUAUAGUCUCAGUGCUCUCAAAGCACUUCAUAAUAAGCCGCAAACUUGUCCUGUAGUCAGUCAGACUAAGGAGGAGGAGGAUGAGAACAUUCCUCUCUCCCUCUGUACCAGAACCAAUUCCCAGGAUUCUUUGCCCAACAGCAGAGAUUUUACAGGACCUCCUCAUCUGGUGGUCAGUGAGCCAAAAUCCAACCCUCAGUCUGCAGCUCUUGAUCUUUCUCCAGCACUCACACCACCCUCCAGCCCAUCCCAUCAGCCUAAGCCAGAGCUCAGAGGUACACAGAAGGCCAUGCUUGUUAAUGGAAAGGGCCUAGAUCCUGAGCCCAGUGAAGGAGGUGAAUCAUUGCCCUCAAUAGGCAAUAAUGGAGCACCAGAGGAGGAGAGUGAGAACACAGUACCUAGGGAUGCUCAAGAUUCCAAGAGGAAGGAAGGGGUUAUCAAACCCACAGAGAUAAAUCAUGGCAAUUGGGCUAAAGAUGAAGUAGAGAGGGAAAUGACCCAACCAGAUACUCCAGCGAUUCCACCACAGACUGCUCGUUCUGAGAAGCCCUACAGCUGUAUGCACUGUGGCAAAGAGUAUGCCAGCCGCAGUGGACUAAAGGGACACAUGAAAACCCAUAGCACAGGUGUGACCAGUGAGCUGAAUGCAUCAGUUGUUCCACAGUCCUCAGAGGGAAAUUAUAAAGACACUAUGGAGGCUAGUCCUCAUGCUUCCAGAGGAACCCUGCAAGAAGACACAGAAAAUGGGAUGGAAAAGACUUCAGAAAAUGUGUCCUUAACAGAGGAUUCACUGGCUGCUGCUGAUUCAGCAGAUGGAGGACAGGAACCUGAGGACAGGGCCUAA